AUGACAGUAGACAAGGAAAUCAUGGAGCUGGUCAGGGAGACAGACCAUGACGGCUCAAAAGGAGACGUGUUGGGUGUUUUUAUAAUGGCUACACAAACUAGUCAAGUCUUCCAUGGUCAAGAUAAUAAGGUUCUGGAAAAUCAUUGCAUGCGGAGAAACACUGACAGAGAUCCAGAGAAGCAAUUGAACCAGAAGGAUAUGAACGAACUUGGCCAAGAUCCAGACAAUGGAUUGCUGGUUACACACGUUAACCAGACACAGGACUUACUGAGGUUGCAGGGCGGUGGGACCCAGUCUUCAGCAUGGGAAGACUCUGAAGAUUGGCUUUCAACGCACAGUUUGAAGUUUGAGAGGCUCACCUUGGCUGACCUGAUACGUCAGGGCACAGCCGUGCUGGAGGCGGGCACCAAUGUCAUGCAGAAAAUUCAUUUCUCCACCCAGAUCAUCUGCCAUUUUGAAUCAAAACUCUCUGAAGCCGUUGAACUCUAUCAACAGAGAAUUCAGUGGCUCACAGAAAACAGCAGGAAGGCAUUUGGCCGCAUCAAGGGGACCGGAGUUGGUGUCCUCAUUGACGUGUCAGCGGUCGGCAGUGGCCCCCAGAGAGAGGAGUUUCAAAAUGACCUCAUGAGCCUCAUUGAUGAGCAGCUGAGCCACAAGGAGAAGCUGUACGUCCUGUCCUUCGGCAUCACCACCAAGCCCCUCUGGCCAGAGCCCAUGGAAGUCAGCACCUCCACCCUCCAGGACCUCAAGCUCUGGGUGAAGAAUCUGCAGCCCGAUGGAGGCAGCAAUUUGCUACAAGCCCUGAAGAAAAUCUUCGCUCUGAAGGGGCUGAACUCUCUGGUGACCAUAAUGGGAAGCUGCCCAGAUCAGCCUUCCGAAAUCCUGUCUGACUACAUCCAACAGUCCACUGUGGGAAGGAGCCUCAUCACCCAUGUCAUCACCUACAAAUGUCACCACCAGGUGCCCCCUGCUGUCGUGAAGAAUCUUGCAGAAGCUCUUAGGGGUGACUACCACUGCUACAGCCCAGAGACGGAGCUCUACACCAGCCGGGAUGUGGACGAGCUGCUGGCAGAAAUCCAGAAGGCCCAGAGCCUCCUUGGCCACGUGCAAGCCCUGCGCCAGAGCAGCCCCUGUGAGGAGCUCACCUGCAUGAUGCAGGAGAUUUCUGCAAAGAUUGAAAAAGGGUCCCUCACCAGUCUCUUGCCUAAACCUCCAAAGCAUGAAGCUCCUCUCACCAUUGAGUUCCCAAAUUUGGACAAGACCUCUGCAGAAUGGCUAAAGGUCAAUGGUCUAAAAGCCAAGAAGUUAAGCCUCUAUCAGGUGCUGGCACCCAGUGCAUUCUCUCCCGUGGAGGAAUUUGUGCCUAUUCUCCAGAAAACGGUGUCAUCCACCAUCCAUGAGAAGGUGAUGGUACAGUUGGAAUGGCACGACGGGACGGUGAAGAAUAUUCAUGUGGACCGGCCUGUCCUAUAUGAGUACCAGAAACAGCUCAGCAGAGCUAUGUGGAUGUAUGAGAGGCGGAUCGAGUGGCUCUCUCUGGCCAGCAGAAGAAUCUGGGGCACCGUCUGUGAAAAAAGGGUGGUUAUACUGCUCGAUAUCUCUGUGACCAAUUCCAUGUACAUUAUUCAUAUCCAGCACUCGCUGCGCCUGCUGCUGGAGGAGCAGCUGUCCAACAAGGACUACUUCAACCUCAUCGCGUUUGGAAGCACCAUCGAAAGCUGGAGGCCUGAGAUGGUUCCCGUGAGCCACGACAAUUUACAGAGCGCCUGGCGGUGGGCCCUGAGCCUGAGGUGUCAGGGUGGCAGGAACGUCCUUGGUGCCCUGCGGAAGGCCGUGGAAGUGGACUUCAUGGACAAAGACAAACACCAGUCACAGGGCAUCUACCUCUUCGUGGGGGGCAUCCCCGACCAGGACAUGCCCACACUCAGCGCCUACAUGGCCGAGGCCUGUGGGGGCUGCGACCUCCAGCUGAACGUGUGUCUCUUCUACGUGGGUGAGCCUCAGAUGGACAGCACACCCCCUGCCUGCUACGCCAGCCGCACGGACACGGCCACCGCCUACAGGGAGGCCACCCGGGCUACUGGUGGCCGCUUCCACUGGUUUGGAGACACAGGCAUCUGUGAUAGUGAUGACAUCAACUCCAUCAUGUCCGAGAUGGAAAAGGCUCUCGACUACUCGCAAAAGUGUGCCUUACUGGUGGCCUCUCUGAAGAAGCAGUCGGGAAAAGAACUGGAAAGUGCAGCCCUCCAGAGAGAAAAGCUGAAGAUGCCCAAGAAGAGAAGUCAGCCCGAGAAACUCGGUCCUCCCAAGUCCACAGCCCCUUCGAUGGCCAGAACGAACAUUAAAGAUGACCCUGACAGAGAGAAGAGCCCUUGCUUGAAAACUGUGAAAUGGUGUCCACUCGGUGGCAGAGCAGGUGUCUCACCAGCUGCAGUCCAGCCAGUGAAGGAGGGGACAAGAGAACGGAGGAGGAAGACCAAGUUGAGGGAAGGAAAGACAUCUCUCUCGCUGUUCUAUACAGAGACAGGGAACAACGUGGGCUCCGUGUACAGGAGGUACCCUCAAAGAGGGGGUAUAAGAAGAAUCAGCUCUUCUGUUGAGUUGCCCAGAAAGGACACAGUUUGCUCCAGCGAGGAGUGGAUAGCAAAUUAUGGGCUAAGGAAACUGAAGAUGGAGAUCUCCCGAUGCAUCGGUCCCAACUGUGUGCAUCAAAAGUUGGCACAGAGGUCAACACCAGCCAAACACUGCAGCAUCUUCCCCAGCAUAGAGGUCAAUGGCGUGACAAGACACGUGCGGUGGACGCUGAGGGAAAUGGACGUGUACAUCAGCAGCCUGGAGAGGGUGAUCCGGCGCUACAUCCAGAGGCUGCAAUGGCUGCUGUCCGGGAGCCGCCAACUCUUUGGUGCCAUUUUGGAGCGAAAAGUGUGCAUCCUGCUGGACACAUCGGGGUCUGUGGGCCCCUACCUGCAGCAGGUGAAGAUGGGGCUGGUUCUGCUGAUUUGGGAACAGCUACGCAAGCACUGUGACAGUUUUAACCUGCUCAGCUUUGCAGAUGGUCUACAGCCAUGGCAGGACACUCUGGUGGAGACCACAGAUGCAGCGUGUCACGAGGCUAUGCGAUGGGUAACCCACCUGCAAGCUCAAGGGAGCACCUCAGUCUUGCAAGCAUUACUGAAAGCUUUCAGUUUUCAGGAUCUGGAAGGAUUGUACCUCCUGACCGACGGGAAGCCAGACACAAGCUGCAGGCUUGUUCUAAAUGAAGUCAGAAGACUCAAGGAGAAAAGAGACAUGAAAAUCCAUACUGUUUCCUUGAACCACUCAGACAGAGCAGCUGCUGAGUUCCUGAGGAAGCUGGCUUCCUUCACCGGGGGGCGCUAUCACUGCCCUGUAGAUGAGGACACGCUCUGCACAAUCCACGGCCUGCUGACCAAAGGCUUCGUUGAUGAAGGGGAUCCCACGUUGCCGGUAUUUGAAGGAGAUGAUUUAAGGAGACUAGCCCAGGAGAUCACCAAGGCCAGAAGCUUCCUCUGGCAGGCCCAAUCCUUCAGAUCCCAACUCCUGAAGAAAAACGACACGGAGCCAAACAUCACUCAUUUUUAGAGAAGCAUUCUCAGAAAGGCCAUCUACAGAAGACCAACCACUGAGCACAACUUAGCCC